UUAAUCAAAAUGUUCAAGGUAGCAGCUCUGUGCUUAUUCAGUUUUAUCUGUGCUGUUCAAGGCAAGGCCUUGCAGGGUCAAUACGAUAAUUCCUACACCUUGUGCCCGGAACCCGAUAAUCCUGGAAUAUUGGUAGCCACCGUACAUUCUUCGAAUCCUCAAAGCUUCAUCACAGACAUUCGCAUUCCGAGAACAAGUGUUUUUGACAACCCAAUUAGCUGCAUCAAAGUAAUUGACAAUAAGGAUAACAGCUUCACCGAUGCUGGUCCCAUAGAAGGAGGUCUUAACCAGAACUUUAUCAAAUUUAGAAUUUAUUUCCUCAACGGUUGGUUGGACAACCUUCCGUUAUCGGUAGGAUUCGACUACACUUUCAAAAUCUACACUAAACCUCCUAAAUAAGGUUUAGAAAAGGUGUAAAAUAUUAUAUUUAUAAAAAGACG